CUUCUACAGCUCAUAAGAAACAACACAUAGCAAAGAAUUAAACAAAAAACUUGUCUCAAAACAUGUCUGUCCCCCAAGACAACGACAUCGACGACGACGACAUCUUCUCCAACCAGCCCUCCAUCUCCAGCCUCCUCACCCAACUCCGCCGCAGCACCCUCACGCCUCACAACCGCCUCAAAUCCAUCCGCGCCGACGCCGCCUACGUCGCGCAAGUAGCCUCUGCCUUUUCCACUUCCCGUCGCGAUCCUGAAUCCGGGAAGCGCAAGAGGAGGAAGAGGCCGCUGGUGGCGAAUGAGCGCUGCGGGAGCUGGUACAUCCCGCCGGAGAACAAGGACGGCAGCGCCUAUUUCAAGAGCACGGAUGGCCAUGAGCGGGCGUGGAAGUUUAGCACGAGGAGGCUGAAUAUGCAUUUGAUUGAUGUGAUUGAGGAGAAUGAUGGAAUCAUCAUCGUCGACUCAACUCGCCGGGGCAAACGCAUGCCCGAUGCUCUCUCCACCACCAUCCCCAUCUGGUGUGCCGUCAUCAAUCGCGCCCUCCUCCCAGACCACCCCCUUUCCUCCAAGCUCUUUCUCCCCCCUUACCUACCCGCAUCCACUCACUCCCAAAUCCUCGCCCUUAUACCAUCAUUUCUCUCUUCCCUCAAAGAACUCAACCUCACUCUGCCAAAAUCUCUCACAAAACCUCUUCGUCCGCUUUGGAUCACGCAGGAGUCAUCCCUCCCCGUCUCUCUAGACUCAGAUGAAGAAAACCAUGAGGAUAGCGAAGACCACCACGAGAAUGUCAUAUUCGAAGACUUUAGACCCGUCAUAUGCUGUACUGCCAGCAGACGGGUCAUUGGCAGCGAGGUAGACGAGGGCGGCUACAUCCAAGGCGCAGGAGACGACACCGAGAAUUGGGCCUUGGGACUCACCCCCGACGUCUUCUGGGCCAACACCACAGCUUUGCUCUCUGCUCCAGAAGCUGAUCUCCCCGACCUCAUCGUCCGUCUGGUAGAGGAAGCCAAAGUGAAGCGCCAGGCUGGAGAAGGCAGCCAAACCGCUCUUCCGCGAAAGCAACUCACGCCACACAUCUCCCAGGAAGACGAAUGCCUCAUCCUUCUAACCGACGCUUCUCCCACGCCAAAGGAAUCAUGGAUCCAGUCCCCAACGCACAUCAGAGUCGACCUCGGCAAACACAAGACCGCCAGCCGCAACCUCCGCCUCGCCCUCCCCGAGAUAUGCUCCUUUACAGCCCAGUUCUUGCAGAAACAGAAUUCAGGGUUGGAUUCCUCAGCAAAUGGGACCAAUCAACCGCCACAGAUUGUCGUAGCCUGCGACUCGGGCAAGGAUCUCUCCGUGGGAGUCGCCCUCGCGCUGUCAUGCUACCUCUUUGACGAUCAGGGCAACUUCCGCGUGCCUGAUGAAACUGCGUCCUUCACAAAGACGCUGGUCAAGAUUAGGCUGGGGACCAUUAUGACGGUGUAUCCAGAGGCGAACCCAAGCAGGACGACGUUGCAGAGUGUAAACAGCUUCUUGAUGGACUGGAGGAAAUAA